AUGGCCGAGCCGCCGAGCCGCCCAGCAGCUGAGCCGCCGAGCCGCCAAGCAGCCGAGCCACCGAGCCGCCCAGCAGCCAAGCCGCCGAGCCGUCGAGCCGCCCAGCAGCCGAGCCGCCGAGCCGCCAAGCCGCCCAACCGCCGAGCCACCAAGCCGCUGCCGUCGAGCCGCUACUGUCACUGCCAAGCCGCUGCCACCGCGCUUACAGCCCUGUUCCUACCGGCGUGCCCCGGCCCUACCCACUCGGACUGCCUCUACUACAUAGUCACCCGGCUCCCUGACUCCCUUCGCUUAGUCAGGGACCACUUCCUCUCAGUUGGCCCCACCACACUCACCGUUGACCUCCUUGAGGAGCGCCUCCUGGCAGCAGAGAAGAGCAUAGUCCCUUUAGGAGCCUCUCGUGGGCAAGGGGGGCAAGGGCGCAUGGAGGGGCUGGCGGGGGCAGUGGAGGUGGCGGUGGAGGCAGUGGAGGGGGUGGGGGUGGUGGUGGGAGUGGUGGCGGGCGUGGAGGUGACGGUGGCAGCACUGGAGGCAGAGGAGGCAGCGGCGGUGGCGCUGGGAGCGGAGGCGGCGGAGGUGGCGGAGACGGCGGCGGCAGCGGUGGAGCUGGCCGCGGCUCUGCGCAGAGGAGUGGUUCCGGUGGUGGUCCGCGCCAGCAGCAGCAGCGCACUCGUGAGACCCCGUCCCCCCCGCAGCUUCGUGAGUGGUACGCUGGGCGUCAGGGAGGUGGGGGUACUGGUCCGUGCACCUACGUGCUCCGUACCGGCGACCGCGCUAGUGAGCAGUGAGGGGGCCCGCACUCCACCCAGCGCUGCUUCGGCCGCCUGA